UUGACGACAUUUUACUUCCGGUUCGCAAAUGGCUUCGGUUGUUGCUCGUGCUGGGAAAGCUGAAGUAGGCCCUGCAUUUGUGUCCACUCCGGCAAACUGUAAAGUGCAUUUUGUCAGUCGGCAUGGAAAUAUCAGAAGUCACUCAAUGUCGAGAAAAGAGCCUUCAGGAUUUGACUGAAUUUACGGAGAGCUGCCGAAAAAAGCUUAGCGAGAUAUUCGAGGCGUUAGGCUGGAGCCAGACGCUUGACACGGAUCCUGCUGAGGACCCUAUGGAGGUGUGUCCGUAUGACAGUAACCACCGAGUCCCCAGAAGAAGCCUGGAUAGACACACUGCAUCCUGUAAGCUCAGUCAGAUGGGCUACUCCAGAGAAGAGCAGGAGGUGAUGUACAACCCUUCAGCAUUUCACAGUAAGGCUGAAAUCCGCACCAUAAGCGUUGACAAAAACACCCAGCAACAGGUCAUUCUUCAAGCUAGAGCAAGUGCCCCACCCAUCAGAAUGGAGGGAAUGUACAGCCAAAGUGAUUAUUCUGCAGACCCUCCCGAUGUCCCUCUGAACCACACGAGGGCGAUGUGUGACCUCACUGUAGCCGACCGGCUGGCGCUCUAUGACCACGUAAGAGCGAUGGCCAGCCAGCAGAAAGAUCCGACUCCCUCCACCAGCAACGACGACCUUUAUGUGGAUCUGGUGGCCAAGUUGCAGAAAGGUGAUGAGCAGAAUGGACCAAAGUCUCACCUGGAGGUUCUAGCUGAGAUGAGGGACUACAAGCGGCGUAGGCAGUCGUACCGGGCCAAGAAUGUCCACAUCACAAAGAAGUCCUACACCGAGGUCAUCCGUGAGGUGAUAGAGGUCCACUCGGGUGAGCUUGCUAGGGUGUGGCAGGAAGAAAUGGAGGAAGAGGAAGAGGAGGAGGCCAAGGUGUCCAGACCCCCUUCUCACAGGAGGAAGUCUGAAGACCAACGGUCAGGCUCAGUCGAGUCAGGCCAGUCCCGUGGCAGCACCCGGGAAAGGCACAGCUCACAACACAUGCAUCUGCGGAACCAGGAGUGCAGUAAAGAGCACAGCCGGGGCAGGGAGCGUAGUCAAGAGCGCAGCCGGGGCAGGGAGCGUAGUCAAGAGCGCAGCCGGGGCAGGGAGCGUAGUCAAGAGCGCAGCCGGGGCAGGGAGCGUAGUCAAGAGCUCAGCCGGGGCAGGGAGCGUAGUCAAGAGCUCAGCCGGGGCAGGGAGCGUAGUCAAGAGCUCAGCCGGGGCAGGGAGCGUAGUCAAGAGCUCAGUCGGGGCAGGGAGCGUAGCCAGGAACACAGCCUGGACAGGGAGCGUAGUCAAGAACGUAGCCGGGGCAGGGAGCGUAGUCAAGAACGUAGCCGGGGCAGGGAGUGUAGCCGUGAACGCAGUCGGGACAGGGAGCGUAGCCGGGAGAGGCAACGGAACAAAGAGCGCAUCCGGGAGAGACCCCGCAGCCGGGACAGAAAAAGCAGGAAGAAAAGGGAGUCUCGCUCUCCUGACGAGAGGCAGCGGGCCAAGAAGAGCAGGAAGUGAAGUCUUUCUGGCCUGGCUUUCAUGAGGCGUACCCCUGCACAUAUCCCAACCAGUGAACACGUGCUUCCUGGAAUGACCCAGAUGUACCAACUCUGAUCUCAUAUCUCAGCCAGGUUGGAAAAUGUUCCACCCUUGACUGCGUACUCCAGGGAGAAGAAAAGCAUUGGGAUACAGGAGAAGCUGAGUCUGCUCGUGAAAUUGGACUUUUGUUCCCUCUCAAUUUUUUAAUUUGGAAGUUUUGGAUGGUUCUUUAGAUAUGGUAAAAUGUUCAAAUAAAGGUCCUGUAUUGUCAA